GGAUAUUAACCCGGAAGUGAUGGAUUAGUAGCGAUGGAAUUUUGCAGAAAUUUGUCAAAAUGUUCUUUCUGCGUUCAUAUUAUCUUAACUUUGUGCUUUAUUUCAAUAAACUUUAAAGGUUCUUCCUCUAGUACAGCUUCAGUAGGGAAAAGCCCUGCUAUAUCAAGCGUCACCCCAAGUCUAACUGACAGUAACACAACAAGUGCUAACACUAAUGUCACAACAACAACAGCUCCAGUGAAGUCCACUACCAGGGAUUUCUCCUACCUAGAUCAUUGUCCAGACAAUGCACCUUGUGAGAAUCUAGGUGCUUCUUGCAUCACAUGUAAACUGAACUACUACUGUGUGUAUGGGAAAACUGAAACUGUGGAUUGCACUGUCAAACAGAAUAUCACAUGUUUGGGAAGCCGGGUUUUCAAAAGACCUUAUUAUUGUCGCUAUGGUUACCAGCUCGAUGCAGAUAAGAUAUUUUGUGACACAGCACUGGCAAGCAAGUGUCUGAUGAAACAAGCACCACCAGAGACUUUCAUUGCACAUUGUAUGGUUAAAGAGGAAUUUUUAUGUCUAGGAAACAGAACAUUCUACAAGAAGUUUCCAUGUAACUGGACUAGUGGCUUUAAAUGGUCAACAGCUUUAGCUCUAAGCAUAACUUUAGGAGGGUUUGGUGUUGACCGAUUCUAUAUAGGACUAUGGAGGUCUGGUAUUGGAAAACUCUUCAGUUUUGGAGGUCUAGGAGUGUGGACUAUCGUAGACGUGGUGCUGAUCGCAGUUGGAUAUGUGGGGCCUCAUGAUGACUCCUUAUACAUUUAUCCAUGGAACUGAGCUUCAGCCAUUUUUCUAUUGUUUAGAAAUCCAGUUCAGUCAUCUGAUUGGUUGCUUCUGAACACAUGCUUGUAACUGACCAAUGGCAUGGCAGCAUUCUGAGCAAGGUUGCAUUCUGACCUUUGACCCUAGAACAAAGACAGUAUGAAGCAGUUGUGCAAUAUCUUGUAUUGCUGGUACUCUCGCGCGUUAAAUGUGAUAAAACAGAUCUCAUAAUCAUAUAUACUGCAUUGUUUGUGACUGUGAUUCAAGAUGCCAGUUGGACUGAAUGAUAAUGAAUGUGCUGUGUACUUGAAAUCAUACCUCACAGGAUUUCAAGCUGUGUUUGUUUCGAGUAAAUGUAAAUAUGGGAGUUGUUACUAGUCAUGCAAGAAACCAAGCCUCAUGUUCAAGAAACAUUUUCAGUCUCAGUUGAGUUUGAUAAUGAGACUUUAUUUUUCAUUUAUAUCUAAACUGCAUGUUUAAACUUACUGGUAAAUAUUAAGUAAAUGACUAUUUUCAAGUGAUUAGUAGGAAAACAGUAAUUAAAAUAUUUUGAAGACUGAAGCUAGAAGUGCAUUUGAUUUAUCUGAAACUGAAUUCAGAUUCCAAACCAUGUUUCUGAUGAAUGUAAUGAAUUCAUGAUAUUGAACCAUUCUGAUCACCACUUGAUUACAAUUCCAAAAUUAGUCAAAUGCAAAAAAAUGCAUUACUGUAAAAUCAUUAAAUUUCGUGGGCAUGCAUUUUCGUGGUUUUGGUCAAAACGGCAAUUUCGUGGGGAUAUGAAUUUGUGGAUUUCAACUUUUGAACAUAAAAUGAAUGGGAAUUUUACUUGUUCGUUGGAAUUAAAUUUCGUGGAUUGACUCAACCACGAAAUCCACGAAAAUUAGUCCCCCACGAAUAUUAAUGAUUUCACAGUACUUUGUCUAAAACAUUUACAGAAGUCAUCCAGACUGAACUGCGGAGCAAUUAUUUCAAUGAGUUAUUGUGUCUAUUUGUAUAUGAUUUCAUUGACAGUCAACAUUCAAUAUAUGUUCCAUGUUUCAGGUAUGAAGAUGAAUUUGUAUUUAACCAUGUCUUCUGAGUCCUGACUUAGAUUUAUUUAAAUGUCUUGAACUUAAGGAAAGUAAAAGCAGCUACAGUAACCACAGCAUAUUUCAGGUUUGCAGCUGAUUAAAUUCAGAACAUAAGAAUCACAGUGCUUUUAAAUAGGUACAUUUAAGUGCUGUCAGAAUCCAUAUUCUGUUAUAGUUAAAUCAGAUGCAUCCUGGAUCCACAUUUUGUAUGUUAUCAACUUACAACAUAUUCAGCUUAUCAGAGCUGAACACUAGAUGUGAGCUAUUUGUGUAUAUAGGUACUCUGGCAUUAAUCAUCAAUAUUAUUCAUUGAACAACUUCCUCUCAUGAACCACAUGAUAGAUCUCAGUCAAUUUUUAUUCCAAUGGUUUCUUGCUACUGCAUUCUGGGACAACUGAGCUAAAAAAUACAACAGCAGAAAAAGAACUUUUACAUGUAUUCCUUCUCAUAAAUUGAUUUCAAGAAACUGGGUGGCUAGCAUCCUCAGUUCUCUCAGGUUCCACACUUAGGAUACCAAAGUCAGAAAUUAAAAAAGAAAAAAGCGUUAAAGCAACUUUUUCUUAUGAACUGCUUGAUGGUAGUAGCUGUAAAAUCAAGUUACAUGUCUGGAGUGUGAAAUACAUGACAUGUUGUGCUGCUGAUCCUUGAAAAUGCUCUAUUUACAUCAAAAGAGUUGCUCAUCCAAAAAAGUUUGAAGCAACAGGUGUUAAAUUGGUCAUUAUGCCACCAGAUGAAAAUGUCGACUUCAUACCCUGUUUGUUUGUUAGGUUUUUUUUAAUCUAUAUGGUAUUGUCAUCAUUAGGUCAUUGGUGUCUUUAAUGGUUAAUAUUUUUAGGGCUAAUUUUUCUUGAAAACUGUAUGAAUUUAACUUUGGAACAUUGUACACCUGUUUGUUAUCAUUAGAUUAGUAGGUAGGUCAAGAACCAUAACUCUCUCAUGUGUUUUGUGAGAAUUAUGGUCCUUUUAAACUUAGAAAAUUGAUAUUUUUCAGUUAAAGUCUUUGUUUACUCCAUGUUUUAGCUCAUUGGAGCAUGAUCUGCUCAUGGUUAGCUUUUAGAAUCAUUGGAUGUCUGCUCCUAAACCACCAAGCCAUUUUCAUCAAAAAACAGGAAUGUUCCUUUGGUGGUCCCUUUUAAGAUUUCUUCAAAUGUAGGUUGGUCAUCCAUGCGGAAUUUUUGUUGCAUGGCAACUGAAAGGAAAAACUUAUAUCAUUUUAGCUCACCUGAGCAAUGCUCAGGGUGAGAUAUAUUGUGAUCACACUGUGUCUGUCGUGUGUCCGUUCAUCCGUCCGUCGUCAACAAUUGUGUUUAAAAGACAUCUCCUCCAAAACCAAUGAAGGGACUUUGAUGGAACUUGGCAUGGAUGUUCCUUGGAUGGUCCUCUACCAAAAUUGUUGCAACGGUUCUGUUUGGUUGCACGUAGGGGCUGCCAGAGCUAAAAAUAGAAAAAUCUUCAAACAACAUCUCCUCCUAAACCAAUGGUCCGAUCUUGAAAUAAUUUCACACAAAUGGUCCUUACGUCACCCUCUACCAAGAUUGUUUAAAUUGUACCAAUUUGUCAAAAAACGUGGCCGUCAGGGGGCAUGGUCACUUUUCCCUGUAUAUAUAUAUAUAGUGGAAACUUUAAAAAUCUUCUUGUGUGAAACUGCUGGCCUGAUUUUAGAAUAAUUUCACACAAUUGGUCCUUGUGUGACCCUUGACCAAGAUUGUUCAGCUUAUACCAAUUCGUCAAAAUACAUGGCCGCCAGAGGGCGUGGUAACUUUUCCCUAUAUGUAUAUAGAGGAAACUUUAAAAAUCUUCCUGUGUGAAACUGCUAGGCCGAUUUUAAAAUAAUUUUACACAAAUGGUUCUUGUGUGACCUUCUACAAAUAGUGUUCAAAUUUUUCUGAUUCAUCAUAAAACACCAGAGGGCGUGGUCACUUUUCAUCAACAAUUUCUUUAAACAGUAUCUCCUCCAAAACCACUGAAUGGAUUUUGAUGAAACUUCACACAAAUGAUCUCUUGGUAGCCCUCUUUGAAAAUUGUUCAAAUGGUUCCGGUUCAUUGAACAUAAGGGUCUUUUUUAUUAAAACUAGGUUUUUAGCUAUCUCACUUCAAAAAUCUUUUUAUCUAGAGCUUUGAUAUUUGGCAUGUGAUAUAAGGAUUUGACUCUCUACCAUACUUGUCCGAAUUAUUACCCUAAGGUAAAAAAAAUGGCCAUGAUUGUGUGUCUGACAUGUACUUACUAUAGGCUUUAUUAAGAAACAUUGAAAAUCUUCUGCUCUUAAUCAAUACUAGCUAGAGCCUUGAUAUUUUGCGUGUAAUAUCAGAUUUGUAAUUUCUCUCGUAAGUAUUCAAAUUAUUGCCCUAGGUUCAAAAAUGUGUGUGACAUGUAUAUAAUAUAGACUAACAUAGAAGAAACCUUACUCUGUCCUUUUACAGACACACUUUAUGCCUUGUACACAGGUGAGCGCUUUAGGGUCAGUGACCCUCUUGUUAAUAAAUACCUUCUCAAAAACUGCUGUCCCAUUUUUCAAAAUUCAUAUAAAUGUUUCUCAGGUGAUCCUCUCAGCUGAAUGAAAACUAGUUUAGACUUACAAAAUGUAAGUUGUUUGUCUCAGGGAAUUUUGCCAUUUUUGCAUAGGGAGAAUCUUGGUUGAAUUAUUGAUUAUAUGUGUUAUUUGAAAAUAUUGAAAAAAAAAACCUGGAGCUUUUGUACAAAUGAAUUAAACUCUUUUGAGAUAGCUGUGAAACAUGUAUAAUGUAUGCUUUCAUGUACGAGGGCAAGGAUGCAUUGAUAUGAUUUCUGUGUUGUUUGUUAAGCAAGUGAUAUGUUUAGUUGAUGUUGAUUUGUAACUUAAUUAAUUACCUACUGUGAAUGUAAAGUGUGAAAACAAAGACUUCUUGUUCUUCUUUUCAGUUUAUACAAUUCAGAAAGAAAGUGAAUGACUAUACAAUAAAUCUUGAAAAAAAAGGUUCAUAA